CAAGGCCUUGGAUUCAACCUCCAAACGCAACUUCCCCUGACACACGACGGACUGUGUUGUACAGAGGUUCCUCUGUUCUUCAUUCCGGUUUUUUUGAGUUACUUAUAUUUCAAGGUCUGCUCUCUUCAGUUGUUGUCACCUUGUCGCCAAAAAUCGGGAGAAUCGACCGCCACGGAAUGCCCAGGCCAUAGCACCGCCCGAUUCUAUGCACCCUUUCUCCAUCCUGACGCUUGGCAUCUUCGUAGCCGGCUACAUCACCGCUCGAUGGGACCUUGUUACCCGCCUCUAUGAGCUUGCCAUAUUCGCCUGGAAAUACGGAGUGGUUACCCGCGCCGCCAAAGGUUUCGCCGUCCUCAGUCUGGUUUUCCUCCUCAUCUUUUUGCCUGUCGAGCGUCUUGCGACGCGCGAGGGGAACCUGCAUCCGCGCUCGAUCGGAUCCGGCAUAUCGGCCAGAGAACAACUGAGACGCCGAGAGCAUGAUGGCUUGAUGCGCGUAUUCUGGCCCGCUGACUUGCCGCGGUCAGAUCUCCGGGGUGUCGUGGUGGGGUGGAGGAACUCGGCAUUGGAUGUGCUCGUUUUGGCGAUCCUGGAAGAGGUGGAGCCGCGCAACGUGGAAUGGGCCCUUAAGAUGGGCACGCUCCUGCGCAACGCGCCACACCCCGUAAGCCGCAUCUACGAGCUGUGCGGCCAGUCGUCGAUACAUGUCCUUGGUGUCUCCAACAAUACCCCCGACACCUUCGAAGUCGAUCCGUCGUGGAUUCGUGUUACGAUUGGGCCUGGUCGCCAGCCUCCCGCCGUCACCUGCGCCCGAGCCUCGAGUAUUCAGAUCAUCCUCUUCGAGAGACCUCACCCGGGAAGAAUGCAAUACAUCUCGUUGAACCCGAUUGAGCUGGCGCUGGGCGACAAGCACGACGGCUUCAAACACGAAGUCCCCGGUGGAUGUGAGGAUGACGACGAGAAGGAGGAGCGCAAGAAGAAGGAGCAGAAGAGGCAACUGGUCGAGAAGCUGACGCAGCACUCCAUCUUUAGACGCGUCCCCUCGGCAAAGGAGAAGGCACUCGCCAAGAUUGUGAACCAGGUCAACUGCGCGUGGGAGCUCGAACAGCUUCUCCAGAAGAAUGUUUCUCGUAUCGGUACGCGCCCCAAGAGGACUCUCAGUGUCUCGGAGAGAGUCGUCGAGUCGGCAACAACGGCCCGAGACAUGAUGCUGGUGUGGAUGUGGGAUAUGUUCACAAUCUAUGUCUGGCCGGUCAUCAAGAAAAUAUUCGUGCUGGGGCUGAUGGCUCACCGGGUCGCCGCCGAAGUUUUGCUGCGCAUCUUGGAGUGGAGAGCGCAGCCGAGAUACGCGGCGCUGAAGGACAUUUCCGCUACAGCGCAGCAGGUUGAGAUCCGGCUCCAGCAGUUCUGCUACUGGCCCAUGCAAUACGUCACGCUCCGGCUCCGCAAGAACGACUGGGAGAGCGUGACCACGAGCCACCCGGACUACAUCCGCUUCUACAACAGCCUCUGGCUCGUGGCCAACGAUGUCAUCAUUGGCAUCGCGCUCGGGUCCUACAUCAUCGACAACUCGGGCUGGGUCGCCGAGGAGAUCAGCCAGCUCCUCAGCCAGUACACGGUGGAUGCCCUGCAGAGCAGCAUCUCAUGGCUCAUGGGCUGGCCUGCCGGGUUGAAGCUGAACAAUGAGCUGGGGGCUUUUCUGGGUGACUUGUUCUUGUGGGUCAUUGACUACUGGUCAAGCUGCAUCGAGGCACUCCGCCCUGUGCUACCGCACGUUAUCUGGUUCAUUGGCUUCUCCAGCUUUGCCGGGGCGAGCAUGCCGAUAGCGCUGUUCUCGGACCUCCUCUCAAUCCUGACGCUGCACAUCUACUCGUUCUAUCUCGCCUCGGCCCGGAUUUACCACUGGCAGCUGAACAUACUGAUCUCGCUGUUCCAUCUCUUUAGGGGCAAGAAACACAAUGUUCUCCGAAACCGUAUCGACUCGUGCGAUUACGACCUCGACCAGCUCCUUGUGGGGACCAUUCUCUUCACGCUUCUCUUCUUCCUCCUCCCAACGGUGGUUGUGUUUUAUCUUAAUUUUGCCAUCGCUCGCAUGGCCAUCAUUUCGCUGAAGGCGGUUUUCGACACUAUGCUUUCGUGCCUGAACCAUUUCCCGCUGUUUGCGCUUAUGCUUCGGGUCAAAGAUCCCGGGCGGCUUCCGGGCGGUAUUCGUUUUGAACUUCGAGAUACCCAAGACUUUAGACAUUCUGUUACUGACACCACCCAACAACAACAACAACAACAACAACAACAACUCCCGUCGACUUCUGUGAUACACUUAAAGUCCGUCCCGCUCAACUUCAAGGCCAUGUUCCACCAGUACUUCCAGAUGGGCCACCGGAUCCGCAAGCACUACCUCUCGCCACGCGUCUUGCUGUGCCUGCUGACGGGCAAGUUUGUCCCGCCGUUGAACCGCAAGAAUCUAUACAGCCUGCAGUACAGCAUGCUGCCCGCGCGGAGAGCGGGUGUGGUGGAGAUGUGGAACGCUGUCAACUCGCUGCCGGCGUCUUCGUCGUCGUUUAUCGGAAAGGACAGGAAGAGGAUCCCUAUUCUGGCGAAGGGAGGGGACGCCAAGCUGCCGGGGAAUUAUAGUGGGGGGAGGGCGAGGGGCUGUGGGUAGAUUGUGUAUUGUAGAGUACCUUAUUGCGAUGUAUAGAACACG